GCCGCUCAAAAAUACAUACUCAAUCAUCCCGAAUCAAAUCAUCCGAUAACCAUACAGCCGUCACCAUGCAUCUCAGCACCACUCUUCUCCUAGCAAUCACAAGCUACAUAACCAGCGUCUGCGCCGCCGAUAACGAUGAAACCGUCGGUUCAUCAUCCAAACGAGGUCUCGUCUUCGUCCCCAAUUCCAAAUAUCCCAGCGACAACCAAGUCUGGGUACAGCCCGGCUCCGAUCUCUCAUGGUACUACAACUACGGCAUUGCCGCCUCCCCCGCCUACUCCAGCACAACGCAAGAAGAUUUCGAAUUCGUCCCCAUGCUCUGGGGUACCUCGACGACCUUCCUCACCGAUAUCAAAUCACUCGUGGCUACCGGUCGUAAUGUUACUCACGUUCUCACCUACAACGAACCUGACGGUACUUCCUCAACGGGCGGAUCAGCAAUCUCCCCCUCGGUCGCCGCUGCAAAUUGGAUCAGCCAGGUUGAGCCGCUGCGCGCAUUGGGUAUCAAGACUGGAGCGCCUGCUGUAACAGGUUCUCCGAGAGGAAUUACUUGGCUGAGUAAUUUUUUCAGCGCCUGUGCGACUGCGGGAACGAAUUGCACGGUGGAUUUUAUCCCGCUGCAUUGGUAUGGGAAUUUUGAAGGGUUAGCGAGUUUUAUUGGGGAGAUACGCGGGACCUACCCCAACACAUCCAUCUGGCUCACCGAAUACGCACUCAACGACCAGCCCCUCCCCACCACCCAAGAUUUCUUCAAUACCUCUGCAGAAUAUUUCGAUCGUCUCCCGUACGUCGAUCGCUACUCGUAUUUCGGAUCGUUCAGAUCUAGCGUGAGUAAUGUGGGAUAUAAUGCGACGAUGCUGGAUCAGGAUGGCCAGCUAACUGAUAUUGGGAGUUGGUAUUUGGGCGGGAAGGCUACGGGGAAUGUGCCGGAGAAGAGCGCUGCGGGGAGAGUGGGAGGGAUGGGGGUGUGUGCAGCGGGGAUUUUGGUCCUGCUUAUGGGGGGGUGGUUGUUGUGAGGGAGUGGGAGUUGAGGUUUGGUUGGGGGCGGGAUGAGGAAUUGGAAUUGGGAAUGGAAAUGGAGUUGUGCAUAUGAUACCUACCAUGUGCUAUAAUUUACACACUGGCGUUUUUCAACUAAUCAUACCAUAUAUAAAUUCACCACCCUUAGAAUGAUAUAUAGCAAGCGAGCAAGCAAACAGACAGACAGAAAGACAGGCAGACAGAAAGACAGAAAGACAGACAGACAGGUAGACAGACAGACAUAUAAAUAGAACGAUAGAGGACGAAAUUUCUCUCUCACAUAUAUAUAUCAUAGAAAUCCAAAAUCCAAAAUCCAAAAUUCA